ACAUCAACGACGAAGCUGAAACUACGACACCAACUCAAACAACGGCUCCGGUAACGAUGACGACACCGAUUCCAAAUGAAGGAUAUGGUAACGACGACACCAGCGAUGACAACAACCUGAACUUGUCAUUAUAA